GAUAUUAGGGGUAUCAAUAAAACUAUAUAUAAAAAUAUAUGAUUUGAAUGGCCAAUUUCUUCAACAAUAACGCUAUAUAAAGAUUGAGGAAGCAGGUUCGGACGACAAGUUGCUCUGCUUUAUGACAAGACCAAACAUGGGGAGAGCACAUGGACAUGUCAUACACAUGGCAAAUCCGUAAAGUACAAACUUGAAACGUGUUAAUAAUGCAAAGUUCGCAGUUAUAAUAUCAAACUUUCCGAGAAUAACAUAACAAGAUAUUAAAAAAAAAUUCAAGAAAAAUAUAAAAAAUAAUAAUUUAAAUGGCCAGUUCCUUCAAUAAUAACGCUAUAUAAAGAUUGAGGAAGCAGGUUCGGACGACAAGUUGCUUUGCUUUAUGACAAGACUGAACAUGGCUAGAGCACAUGGACAUGGUAUACACAUGGCAAACCCGUAAUGUACAAACUUGAAACGUGUUAAUCAUGCAAAGUUGGCGAUUAUAAUAUCAGUGGUGGAGCACCUUAAGCCCAGGGGGCAAAAUCACGUAAAAUUAUAUUUAAAUUCGAUAAAUUUUUUGAGAAACAUAGUAGUUCGUAAGGCUUUAACCCCCCUCGUCAGUUCGAAUUUUCUGAGCGUAGAUUUUUAGCCUCCCCUCAUUUAGAUUCCUGGCUCCGCCACUGUAUAAUAUCGCACACUUUCCGAGAAUAACACGAUAAAAUAUUAGGAAUAUCAAUAAACGUGAUAACAUUUAUUACCGGAUAACCUUCACCUACACAACAAUUACUACAACAAGUCAACAACUCCAUAGUAUUUUUUUUCAUUCUCUAUCAAUCAGAAGCAGCAGCUUCAUUACAAUUCAAUUUAGUAAAUUGAAUUCCUACGACAACAUGCACGGGACCAACAGGUUGUUUGGGCUGAAAAGCCCACCGCUUUCUCUGUGGUACUUGCUGCCGAUAUGAGCCCUGAAUAUGUUGAUUUAAGUUUGGGCCGGCCUGGCCGAUUUUACCAUCCUAAUCAAAGUUGACCCAAAUCAGUCAAUGCUGAACACUACCUGAUUCGGGUCGGGUCGGGUCGGGUAGAACACCACGGGUCACUGCUACUGCUAACUCUCGGGCGCGGGAUGAAGAAGAUAAGAAACUGAACUCAGCCAGUUCCUUCCUCCCCUUUCCCUCUGAAACAUUGAAACCCUUCCCAAUUUUGCCUACUCAGAUGAAACCAUAGUCGUAAUUACAGAUUCCAUCAGCGCAAUUACUAUGUCGUACAUCUCUUCCUCCAUUAUCGGAACCACCACAGCAGCGUUCUCCAUCCGCUUCUCAACUCCUCCUUCCAAAUUCAGCUCGCUCCCCACGUUACCCACUUCUUCUUCCUUUUACCGGCGGGCUUCGUCGUCCUUCUGCCGGAGUAAAGCGGUUAAGCUACUCCCCUGUAGGUCGUCGGAGUUGGACGACGCGGCGCCGGCGGGCGAGGAGGAGGAGGAGGACGACGAUUGGCGGAAGAGGGCUCCGGACAAGAAGAAGCCGCUCUACUCGCACAGCCUGCCUUGUAUCGAGGCUUGGCUCGAGGAACUGGGGUUUCACCAGAGCAAAGAAGACCGCGCCGUUUGGUUGGUGGAGAAGCCCGACUGGCACGCUCAGCUCUCGCUCGACAUGACCGACCUUUACAUCAGGUACUUGAAGAGUGGGCCGGGGAGCCUCGAGAAGGAUGUUGAGAGGAGGUUCAGUUAUGCUUUGAGUAGGGAAGAUAUAGAGAACGCUGUUCUUGGAGGACCUUAGAGUUCUUCCUUUCUGGUUUUUGCUUGCAUUACUGCACAUUUGGAGCUUUGUUUCCUUGUUUUUGCUGUGUGCCUAUUGCAAUGAAGCUUUGAGAAUGUU